AUGUAUUAAUAGAAUUAGCUAAAAGAAUUAAGUGAAAAUACUAUAAUAGAUGCACCUACAACAUAAUAUCCUAAGAGAUAGUUUAUAUUAGAAGGUCGUAUAGGAUAGGGUUAAUUAGGUCCUGUUUAUUAAGCCACAGCUGUUUAGUGGGGUGUAGUUUAAAAUAAAAUUGCUUUAAAUUUUCAAAAAUUUAUAAAAGAUGAAGUUAAAUAAUUAUACUAACAAGUAAUUGAUUAUUAGAAUAACGAAAAUGUUAAUUCUUAAAAUUUUAUUAGAAUAUUUGAUUGGUUUGAUUAUUAAGAAUAUAAAGUUAUAGUUAUGGAAAUAGUAUAUACUAGUUUAAGCACAUAUUUGAAGAAUAAUCAAAAUACAAUGGCAAUUUAAUAAAAACAAUUAAUUUGUUUAUAGGUAAAAUUAAUAUUGAUUAUUAGUUAUUAUAAUCUAUAACAUUCUUGCACUCAUUAGAUCUGGUUCAUAGAGAUAUUAGAUUAGAUCAUUAUUAUAUGAGUGGAUUAUCAGUCAAAUUAAUUGAUUUUGGUUUGACCCAAAAAGAAAGAUAUUAUUUAAAAUAUGAUAAAGAAGAGUAAUUAUAUUAUAACAUUUUUUAAUCACCAGAAUUUUUCUUAAAUAGAUCAGAAUAUACAACAGCAACUGAUGUUUGGUAAUUAGCUUGUGUUUUUUAUUUUAUUUUGAAUGGAACAACUUUAUUUUAAAGUAUAAAAAAUUAUUAUUUAACUAGGCACUAAUAGUAAUGAUUUAAAAAAACUUUAGUAAAAUCAAUCCUUUAUUUAAGAUUAAAUAGAAAAAUUGAUUAUAUCUAAUGAAUGGAAAUAAACUAUGAAAAGAAUGCUUCAUCCAUAACCAAGUUUAAGGGUUUCUCUUUAGGAAGUAAUGGAAAUAUUAACAAAAAAAUCCUCUGCUAUGAUAAUUACAAAAUUUUAAUAACCUAAUCCUAAUGUUGUUGCAUAACAAUAAUUUCCAAAUACUUUAAAAAAUCAAUUUCCAUAAUCUUAAACCAAAUAAUUCAAUUAAGAAAUUUAAUAAAUCUAAGUGUAAUAACAAUAAUUUUCUCUGGUUCUAUAAAUUAAUUAACUGAUAUCAGCCUUAAAUUAACCUAAUAAUUUAAAUGAUUUAUUAUAAUAAAAAGAAUAAUCAAUUAAAUUAUUAGUAUCUUUAAAAGAAACUAUAUUUAAAAUAUAAAACUAAUUAGAAAAUAAUAAUAAUUUUGUAUAACCUAUGAAUAUUAUUGAUAUUAACUUAGAAAAAUAAUAAAAAAAAUAAAAAGAAUUUUCUCCUUUUGUUUAAUAAAAGUUAGAUGAAAUAAAGAAAAGAUUUUAAGAAUUUGAGGAAAAAUGUAUUUCAAUUUAAGAAGAGCAAGUUCUAAAUUAGAAAUUAUAAAUAAUAAAUGAAGAAUUAGAAAUACUCAAAAAUAAUAUUUAGAAGGUAGAUAAUACAAAAGAAAAUUAUUAAAAAAUCUAAAAAUAGGUUGAUCAAUUAAAAAUUAAACAAUAAGAUAUGAUAAAACAAAAAAUUUUAGAAGAAGAGUUAAAUUAUCUUUAAAAUCUAAAUUUAAGUCCAAAAAAAAUCGAGCCUCUUUAGAAGGAAUUUGAAAAUAAUUAUUUAAAGAUUAUCAAAUUAGAAUAACAAGAAAAUACAUUUAAAUACUUACAAAAUUAAAUACUAAAGUAACAAAUAACAAUUGAAGAUUUAAACUAAUAGAUCUCAACAUAAGCAAAUUUAGAAAAUGAGAUGAAUAAAUAAAAGGAGGAAAUAUUGGAAUUAAAAGUGAAAUUAAAAUAUUUAGAUCUUUUGAAGUCUGAAAUGCAGAAGAAUGAGAAAAUCAUACAAUAAAUUGGCACAGAAAUUAAAAAAUUAUCAUAAAAUCCAUAAAAAUUAGAGGAAUAAUUAAAAGAAAUUCAAGAUAUUAAUAUUCAGUUAAAAUAAUUAUAAGAUAUGGAAGUAGAAAUAAAAACCAAUAAAGAAUUAAUUAAUUAAAUAAAAACUAAACUCAGAUCUUAGAAUAAUGUGAAUAAAUAAGCAGAAUACUUAAGAGUGGAAAUUGCAAAUCUAGAAAAAGAAUUAAAAUAAUUAGAAGAAAAUUAACAAAAUAUAUUAAAUCUUAGUGAAUAAAAAAAGUAAUUAAUCGAAGCUAAGAAUUAAAUAUAAGGUUAAAUAUAAGAAUAAUAAGAAAAAGAAUAUAAUUAAAAAUGA